AUGUUAGCUAGUAGCCGCUCUGUAUUUAAUAUUCGCCCUGAACGCCCUGAUCAUCCCUACCAGCAUUAUCGUAGUGCAACAGAGUUCGUUAGAAGAUUCGUCACUCAAUCAGUUUUCAGUGCAUUGAAGAUUAUUGAUAACAUGGAAGCUCCAACUGAUGGUAAUACACGGGAAAUGGGCUACUUUGGAAACGAGUGGCCCACGUGUGGGAGUUUUAACCCGCGAAAUGGUGAAAAGAGUGUAAUUGCAGAAAUGAAGUCAUGGAAUGCAUUACCGGUCACGUACUGUUUCGAGGGACAACAAUUUUUACACGAUCUGAACAUUAUCUUCAGACCCAAAUGGCUCUACGAUAUAUUAGAUAUGAAAACGAUGAUGUUUAAGACAUUUACCUUCUGA